CAGCUUUGAAACCAUCCUCGCACACGGCUCUCAUAUCAACCAUGGCACACGGCUCUCAGAACGGCGUGUCUCCAAUGCACCACCACCCCGAAUACUAUCUUAAAGACGGUGAUAUCACCUUCCACGUCCAAGGCACUCUCUUUUGCGUGCACAGACACUUCUUUGAGCGCGAGUCGCAAUUUUUCGCCAAGGAAUUUGCGAAGGCUCCCAAGGAGGGAACUUCCGAUUCCACUGCGUUUCGACUUGAUCGGGUAAACGCCACUGACUUCGCGAACUUCUUAUGGGUCUGGUAUAGUCCCUCGUACAGGCGCGAAAGCAAACCGAAGGAUCAUUGGCUUACUAUACUGGAGCUCUCGACAAUCUGGCAAUUCCCAGAAAUGAAGAAACUUGCUGUCGAUGAGCUCCAGAACCUCGAAAUCGAACCUAUUGAAAAAAUUACCACGUACGACAGAUACAACAUCGACAAAUCCCUUCUCUUGCCUGCAUAUAAGCUCCUGGUAGCACGGCUAAAGAUGCCCACUAUCCUCGGGAUACACGAGGCUCGCGAGCGUGCGAUCAGGAGCGCAGCGGAGAGCGGGUGUCGUAGCCCGACCUCCGCUGAUGCAGGCGACGAGGAGUUGGACAAGAUUUUGAUUGAUGUGUUCAAUCUCGAGAGUCGUGCCACUAACCGACAGGGCGCGCAGUCGCAGGCGAAAUCAGACCCAGCGCCGACUCUGAAGCCGGAUUUGAAUGGAACCACCAAUGGCAAUAGGUCGCCUCCAUCAGGUUCCGUAAGUAAACGUCUUUCGCUCGAGACCGUAUGUUGUGGGGCUGAUUGAAACAUAGUCUACCCAGAAUGAUAAUAAGCAGAAAGACGCGGACAAAAAUAAAGGCACAGUAUGUUACGCGAGUUACUAAACAUUGUUCACUGAUGCUCAAAGCACACAGGGAAAGCAAAGUUGAGUGAGGAACCGACGGAAGGCGGAGGUUCCUCCACUGAGUUCUCGGUUUCCGUGGUAGAGAAGAAAGUGGAGCUCGCUCUGCUUAAGUUGUAUCUUCCAACAUUCAUCCAAUCUGUUGUGACAGUAGUAUUUGCGUACGUUGCUCUCGUUGUAUGAUAUCAAGUCUCUCGAUUCGGUACGAAUGUACUCUGUAAUUAUAUAUUGUUGACCAGCCGUUGAAGCUCC